CGCGCCCUGCCCCCGCGCGGCGGCGCGGCCUGCAGCGGUGCGCGGGGGGGGUGGGACGCGCGCGCUCCGCCGAGCCGCCGGCGCUCGGGGCCCCCCUCAUGGCCAAGCGGCGCGCGGAGCCGUUACUGUGUCACGUGCCCGUCAAACGGCUCCUGCGCGAGCCGCCGCCCCCGCCCCGCGCGGCCGCGCCCGAGCGGCGCCCCCGGGGCGAAGAGGCGAGCGCACGCCCCGCCGCCCCGAAGCGGAAGCUGGAGGAGGCUGAGGCGCCGCCGGGCAAGAGGCCCGGGCUGCGGGGGAGCGGCCCCCGCGGAGAGCAGGGGGACGCGGCGGACAGGCGGCGGCGGCGCGGCGGGUCCGCGGCGCCCCAGGACGAGCGGGCGGCGGAGGGAUGCGCCGGUGGCCGGGGAAAAGAGCGGGCCGCCGCCGCUGAGCAAGAAGAAGAAUUCUGUCAGUAUAACUCAUUCCUGUAUUGGAGAGCACCUUUGCCUACUCUUGAUUUGUCUGAUAUUCAGAACCUAGAUGGAGAGACUCCACCAGAAGCUAAUAAAACUCCUUCAAGGACUGAUACCAUGGAGACUGAAAUGGAGACCUGAUCAGUUGUUUCAUAGUUGUACAUCUACUCACAGGAAACUUGUUUCCAUUUGCAUUCAGGUUGUUCUUCUUGGGAGAAAAAUAAGCAUGCUUCUGCAUUCUUGAAGAAACAAUGUUAUGUUAGUCUGCAAAAGCAAAUCUGAGUUGUCUUAAGUGGAUGGGAUAAUCGCUAUUAGGUACUUAAUAGUAAGCUGUCUGGAGGUGUACAGUGUGGACGAGGCUAUGAUGUCAAGCAAGAAUGCUUGAACACAUGGAGGCAGGCUAAAAGAAGACUAGAGAAAAUUAGAACUUUGGGAUGCAAUUAAAAGAAAUGGGUGGAUUUGUUACAUGUUGUUGAAAGGAAAUGGAAAGUCAUUUUGCCUGUCCUGAACAAAAAGAUGUAACUGUGGUACCUGAAAUAUUUCUUAUGUGAAUUUAUCAUAAAGCACACAGACUGUAGUGAUUUUUAAUGUGUUUUUUUCUGUGUAAUAGCUAAACCAAAAAAUAAGAGCCUACCAAAACCAGACAAAACAUUCCCUUUUCUAUGCAAACCAAAAACAAGUGUGUCAGGGAGGAGGAAGGAAAAGGGGAUAUUUUUUUCUGUAAACUGCCACUGUUUUAAGUUUUUCUCAUUUUCCUUGCAAAAAAGUAUUUUCACCUUCUCCUUUCACAUUAUCCAAAGUAGUGGGCACCCAGCUUUCAGGUUUUUGGUCCAUUCUCGAGUUAAUGCUAUUCUUAUUCUUUGUGAUGUUAGCUCUGAACCAGUCGGUAGCAUCGAAAUGGCAGGUGUGUGCAGAUGUGUCAAGAAAAGUUAAUGCAAGAUUACCACAUAGGCUUUUUCAAACUUGACUGACUGAGAUGUAGUUUUUACAGAGACUGUGGAUCUUGCAAACGUAUUUUUUUUUCAAAUCUUUUCAAGUAAUUUUUUUCAAAUUUUCAUUGAUUUAGUGUUUGGGUUUUUCUUUUUCGUGAAAUACAAACUUAAUGCUUGUCUUCUGUAACUUAUUUACAAGCUGAAGUACAAUUAGAAAUACUUGUCUUUAAUAAUAGCCUGAAGUUGUAUGGGCAGACUGUCAGACUUUGCAGAUUUGAUUUGUCUUUAAGGAUAGCAAACACUGUAUUUUUGCUGGAAUCAUCACUGAAGAAGGCAACUUGUGAAUUUUAUUUUUUUUAGUAAUGUAUUUGCUAAGGACAAUAAAGUUUUGGCUGUGUGUAUUUGAAAACUUUGGGACUCUUACUGUGUGAAGUUCCUGACUUUAUGUCUUAAGAUUGUUGCUUCUAUGACUUUGUCGUUUUAUUAGGGCUUUUUGCUUAAACUAGUUAGCUUGUCAGUCUUCUUAGUAAACAUUUGGAAACUUUUUUUCAGUUAUUUCUGCUGUAAGGUAUCUGUAUUUGUUAAUUGGUUAUUUGUUUAGAUUGCUAGUGUCUCUUACUACCCACAGAAGAAAGGAAGUGGCUUAGUGACUCAAGCAUUUUGUGGUGCUUGUUUACAUAUGCUUCUACCAGCAAUCAGAUUAGCUAGAUACAUGUUUAAACAAUAUUUAUUUUUCUCACACAUUUUAAAUUAGAUUUUUAAAUUUCAAGUACAUCAGCUUGUCUUAGGAAGUACUUUACAACUGUUUUUAAAAGCACACUCUUUUUCUGGCAAGAAUGCAACUGCUAUUUCAUGUUUACUAUAACCAAAAAUAAAUUGGUAAGGAAUUAGAUUUAUUAAUUUGUUGAGGUGUUUCUUUUGGGGUUUGUUGUUAUUGUUUUUUUACCCUAGCUAGUAUAUGCAUUCCUAUAUUUUUGGGUUUUGUAAUAUUUCAUAACAUCCAGUAUUCUCAGGAUCCAGUAUUUUGUGUUACUAGCUUGUAUUUUUGCAGACAUACUUUAGUCAUUUAAACUUCUUGUAGCUUUGUACACGGUAGGUGCGUCCUAGCUACAGAGUGCAUUUUAGUGUUAAAAUCUCUCUCCUUUCCAUUAUAUUCAAAGGACAGAAGAGGUUUUAUUAAUGUAUUUAAAAUAUAUAUUUGA